AUGCCACCCGUGAAGAGAAGAUCAGAUAGAACACACGUUGGGAAAAAUGACGUGAAGAGGCCCAAGAUCAAAGGUGCUGAUACGCAGCUAAGUGACGGGAAAGACAAAACGGCUAUUGUGAAUGUAGAUGGCGAUCAAACAAAGGGCACUGAAGAAACAGAGAAAAUGGCUGAACAGAAUCUAGGCAGUUCAAAUGAAGAAGAAGUGUGUGGGGGUUUUAAAAGUGAAAAUAACGAGGACGCUGAAAAUGAAAAUGAAAAUGAAAAUGAAAAUGAAAUUGAAAAUGAAAUUGAAAUUGAUAAUAAGAACGAAAUUGAACAAGAGUCUCUCGGGACUGAUGAUAAUCAUAAUAAUGGUCAUGAUGAGCAUGAUGAAAAGCAAGCUGAUGGUCACAAAGAGAGUGAUUUAAAGAAUGAGCCCAAAGAGCAAGCUAAAGAAGAAGGCACAGGCGAUCAAAAUAAUGGAAACCAGGCUGAUAAUGGAUCUGUGCAAGACACAGUCGAUCCAAUAAUAGCAGGUGAGGGUGCCGAUGAGGAGGAGGUCAAUGACGAGGACAGUAAAAGGGUACAUACUUUUACUUUUGACGGGUGUCAGUAUACAUAUAAAGACAGGCCAUCAGUCAUUGAAGAAAAGACAGGGGAUAUUGAAUUUCGUGUUGUCAACAACGACGAUAGUCGUGAUAGUAUGAUCAUAUUAACAGGGUUGAAGAAUAUUUUUCAAAAGCAACUACCAGAGAUGCCCAAAGCGUAUAUUGCGAGGUUAGUGUACGAUCGAAGUCAUGUAUCUAUUGCAGUGGUACGAAAGCCAUUGACGGUUGUUGGAGGUAUUACCAUUCGACCUUUUGAAAGCCACGAAUUUGCAGAGAUUGUGUUUUGUGCGAUUUCAUCAACAGAGCAAGUUCGAGGGUACGGUGCACAUCUAAUGAACCAUUUAAAAGACUAUGUUCGAAAUACCAGUAAGAUCAAAUACUUUCUAACUUAUGCGGAUAAUUAUGCGAUUGGAUAUUUUAAGAAACAGGGAUUUACCAAGGACAUUACAUUGCCAAAGCAUGUUUGGAUGGGAUACAUCAAAGACUACGAAGGUGGUACACUAAUGCAGUGUUCAAUGCUACCCAAAAUACGAUAUUUGGAUAGCAACAAGAUACUAGCGCUACAAAAGGCAUCGAUACUGAGCAAGAUUCGAACAAUUGGUAAAUCGCAUGUUGUAUAUAAAGGGCUGGAUUAUUUUAAGAAGAAAAACUUUGAGCCAUUGAAUCCGUUCAAUAUACCUGGCUUGAAGGAGGCUGGUUGGACCAGAGAGAUGGACGAUUUAGCACAAAAACCCAAGAGAGGGGCGCAUUAUAUUGCAAUGUUGACGAUAUUAACAGAGAUGCAGAACCAUCCAUCUAACUGGCCAUUUGUACAGCCUGUCAGUAGAACAGACGUUCCUGAUUAUUACGAGGUCAUUAAGGAGCCGAUGGAUUUAAGUACCAUGGAGGUGAAGCUCGAGAAUGAUGCGUACCAGACCAUGGAAGAUUUCAUAUAUGACUGUAAGUUGAUUUUCAACAAUUGCCGCCAAUAUAAUGGUGAGAACACGACAUUCUAUAAGAAUGCAAACAAGCUUGAAAAAGCCGUCAUUGCCAAGCUCAAAGACUUCCCAGAAUAUUCUCACUGUCUAGAUACAUUGACCCAUAGAUGA